AUGAUGAACGAUUUGGAAACCUAGCUUAUAGCUAGCAGAAAGAUCAGAGAAUUCUUGAAGAAUUUUAGUGAAACUCAAUGGUCUAGAGUGGUCAAAGCUUCGAUUAUGAUGGGUAUCCAAGAAUUAGAAAAGGCUCAACCUGUUAAUUCUCUAUCUGUAAAGGAUCUUGAAGAUCUAGUUGGUAUUUAUUGCAUAUAUAAACAAAAUUUAGUAUAAAAUGAGAGUACGGUAUCUGAAAGUAAGCUAAAGCUAAAAUCAGAUAGAGUUUCUGAUGUUAGUUUAAAUGGCAAGAAAUGUAAAAACGAAGAUAAACAACAACAAAAUUAAAAAUAGGCGAUAAAUAGAGAUUCAUCGCUUAAGAAAGCGGUCUUUUAAUCUGAUUUAAAUGUAGAAUCAAGCUUGAAUAAUGGAAGUUAAUUAAUGACUAAAGAUAACUCUACCAGAGAUUAAGGCAAUAAUUUGUUCAAAAAUAGCUUCUAAAACAUUGUUAGGAGAAGAGACUAAAAUUCAGAUAUAUUCUGGACUUAGAGAUCUUCAAGUGUUUAACCUACUGAGGGUACAAUUACAGCAAGAUUUUAAGAUAAAAAAUAAAUUAAGCCUUCCUCAAACUGGAGAGAACCAUAGAUAUCUAAAUUCCAAAGAAAUGGGUAGAGACUUCAGAAUAGAAUAUUAAGUGAAGAUUUAAAUAAUCUUGGCUAAGCUUAAAAAAGAUCUCGCUCUCUAAAUCCACUAAUUUACCCAGAAUGGUGGGGUUAAUAAGAAGAGACAUUUUAAGAGAUAAAGCAUAAAAAUGCAAAGAGAUUUGACUAGUAACAACCAAUAGAAGUAAAAGAACAAAGCUAGAAUUAAGAUGAUAGCAUUAAUGAUAUUAUAAUGAGGAGAAAGUAUAGAAAUGAUGAUAACUAUUCCCUUGAUAGAAGAUUAUAAGAAGCAAAAGAAGCUGCAGCUAAACUAGAUAAAAUGUUCAAAGAAAAAUAAAAUUAGUAAUAGUUAUUGGUUAAUCAGCAGACUAAAAAAUAAAAUGAAUCAGACGUUUAAAAUAGAAAUAAAAAAGAGAAUAGCUUAUCACCUCCUCCAACAUAAACAUUCUACCACAAUUAACAUAAACUAAAUGAAAUUAGAGAGAGAAUUUAAGCACCUUAAAUUAUCAAACCUUAAAAUAAGGAAAAUUAGGGACCUAACUGCAAAUAUCAUUAGGAGGAUGAAGUUAUAAUGUAGCAUUCCCCUCCUAGAUCAAAAGCAUAGCCACAGCAGAAUAUCUAGAAAUAGAAAAAGGUUUAAGUUUAAAAUCAAGUAAAGCAACUUAAAAAUUAGAGAUAAGGAAGUAGAAGAUAAUUCAUGCAUUAAAACAAUAGGGCCAACCAGCAGGAGAAAAAAUAGAAAUAACCAGUCGUACCUUCGUAUCUUAAAAAUGUAGAAUCAAAAAUCAGAGAUAAAGUUAAAUAUGAUAAAUUUUAAACCUAAAAUACUUAAGAAAGUAACAGAGAUACAAGAGAGCCACAAGUAUAAAUCUAUGUUAAGGAGAAAAGGCAAGAGUAGACUAUAAGUUAAAAUUUAAAUUAUCCAAGAUAAAUGACUGAUACCAAUGCUUCUUAUGAUCCCUAUCAACAACAGAACUUCUAUUACCAGCAAUAAUCCUACUAAAAUACUACUUAAAAUCAAAGUCACUAAUUUUAUAAUAGAAACCAAGGUACUAAUGAUACAAGAGUACUUUCAACGAUUUAAGGUGGCCCAUCACAUGAAACACAUCAUCUUAAGCAUCCUAAUAUCGGAGAGAUAGCUGAGGGUUUCUUAAACUCACCUUUGAUGACUUAAUUCUCUGAAGAUCAUGAUAAUCCUUCACCAAGAUCUAGAAAAAAUCAUCCAUCCUAUCAAUACCAAGUCCCUAGUACCCAAACUCUCUAGAUUACUGGAUCUAAAAAUACUUAGAGCUAUAACCAAAUGAGAUCACAAAAUACAACUAACAAUAAUAAUCAAACUGUAAACUCAAAUAGUGGUGAUUAAAAUGGUUAUGGGUAUCAAUAAAGAUACCAAUUUUCAACUUACUAUAAUUAAAAUCCAUUCUCUUACAUGCAAGAUGACAGUUAUAUUGAUCCUCAUUAGCCUGUUUUAGAUGGAUAAAGAUUCUAAGGGAGCUCAACUAACAAUAAUAAACUUAAUCACACCAAAGGAGUUGAGGUCUAUUAAUAUAGUGAUUAAAAAAUGCAGAGUACCAAUCAUUAAAUAGCACCUUCUAAUGGUGGAAUGACCGUCAUCCUUAAUAACCUAAAUAAUAACACAAUGAACUCAGAUGUUAAUGCUAUGUUCAGAUCUGAUGUUUUCCCUGAAAAUUAUCAUCAUUAUCGAGGAGAAAUUGAUAAUCAAGGACUAUCUGGAAUUAUGAAUCAAAAUACCUACUUUGGACAAAUACAAAAUAAUCUAGAGCAAGUUCCAGAGGAGGAUUCCAAGAUGAUGAUGAGUGGUACAAGCACACAAAAUAUUUAGCAGUUUGCAUAAAAUACAAACAAGCCUAUGAUUAAUAUUUCUAAAGAAAUGAUGUACUCAAUAGUUAGCAAAGAUAGUACUCCAAAAAUUGAUAACUACAAUAAGAAUCAGAAAAUAGAUAAAAAUUUUCAAAAUAUUCAAGAAUCAGCAAAUUCAAGAGGACAAAUUCACUAGCAUGGCUUUAAUAAUUUUGCUAAUCAAUAGUAAUAGGAAUAAAGGCAAAUAUAAUAAAGAGAUCUACCGCCUAACUAUGAAUAAAAACAUAGAGCUACAGUUUCUUAGCCAUUCAAUUAUGUGCCUAAUUAAAAUACUUAAAAUCAAUACUAGUAUCAGCAAGAUUAUUCAAAUAUGAAAUUGCCAAAUAAUAUAAUGAGUGAACAAAAACACGAGUAAGAAAAUAGAGGAGUAUAAUAGUUUUAGAAAAAUUUCUAAUCUCCAAUGAGUGAUAACCCUAAUGCCUACACAAGCAAGUAUAAUUAUUACGAAAAUCAAAGUCAAGUAGGCUUUACUUAAAUUCUUAAAGGAAAUUCUUCAGAACAAGUAAUGAGUGAAGAUAAAGAUCAUGAUUUAUCAUCGAGUUCAUUAUCAAAUUAUUCUUAAACUGAGGACAUUAGAGGUAUGUUUUAAUAGGACUCUAGAAAGUAAUUAGCUGGAUAGGAUAUGUCUCAUGAUGAGUCUUUGAUUGAUGCUUAUCUAACAAAGCCAAAUAAUACCUCCUAAAAUAAUAUAGAACAGCCUAUUAAUCAUUAAUACCUGUCGAAAGCUUAAUAUCAAACUAAUAACUUAACACCUUAGUCAUAAUAGAUAAAAAAUGUGCCUUAAUUUCAAAUGAAUUCAAAUAUCCCAUAAUAUGUAGGCUAAAAUAUUCAAAUGAAGCAUGCUGGUCUACAUUAAAUUCAAAAUGAUUCAGUAACCUCUCCUUCUAGUAAUAAUUCGUUGAUCACUUCUUCUGCGGGUGUAUCACCACAAAGAUAAAUUAUUACAAAAUUAAAAACAAACAAAGUUGAUACAUCAUCAAGCUCAGAAGAUGAUGAUGAAUCACUUUCAGAUAACUCUAGUCACUUCUCUAAUGACUAGUCGCACUCCAUUUCAGAAAUGAACUCAAUUAAAAAAAUAGAAAAUCAAAAGAAUAUGGUAUUCUAAUACAAGCAAAAUUAUCUUGAAGGAGCUAAUGCCAGCUAUCAGCAGCAACAACCUUAGUAUUACUAACAAUAGCAAUAGUACUAUAUGCAGAAUCAAGCAAAUGACAAUAAAUUUUAAAAUUAUGCUCCCUAAUUGAACGAGUAGAUUCAUAGAUACAAUGCUGAAAUAUAACCAAACCUUUAAAUCCAUCAUAAUAAUGGUCAAUCAAUAUCCGAUAGACGUACAUCUGUUUAAACUGGAGCAUCUAAUGAUGUAAGGCAAGAAAAAUUCACCUUUGAGGCUAAAUGA